CCAGCAGUUCUCAGCGAAGCAACAUUUGCAAGCAACAUUGCUUGUAUAUACAGCCAAAGUCAACUUAAUCCUGACCGACUCCAAAUAGCAUCCAAGGGCGGUCUGCCGCAUUGUUCAACACCCGUCUACCUACCCACUACCCCAGCUCACAUACCACCGAUGGAAAGCUACGAUAUGCUCAUCGCAAUAGAUCCAAAUCGCCCGAUCCUCCCCCUGGAUGUCAUGCUCCAAAUUUUCUACCACAUGUGUCCACAGGCCGUGCUGAGGUCUGAGAGGGUCUGCCGGUCCUGGCGGCAGAUCGUGGCGGACAACGACGAGCACCUUUGGAAAGCGAAGCUGAAGAGCAUAUCGGCCGACGGAUUGUUGCCGACGCGGCUACCCGGCGAGAAAUGGAAAGAGCUCUACAAAUUGUCUCACACGUGGGGACGGCCGUUGGUCUUCUCGAAGGUCUGCCGCAAAGAGGUGCCGGUGAUACGCAAUGGGAGGGGCAUCCAUCUUCCUUCUUGGAGCGAUGAGAGCGGCCAAUCCAGCGCAGACCCAAAAAAUGGGGUCACCCACAAUAACGGAUCUGCGGAAGCCCAGUUGGACGAGAGUGGCAACUCCGAAUAUGAGCUCAUUACGGGCUUUGUAACAACCCGGGAUGAGGAGCAUCAGUUUACUCUCGCUCAGCGCCGAACCGUUGUACGAGACAACUGGAUCGUCUAUGUUCGGAAUGGACAGCUUCGAUCGAUGCGGGUCGGUCGUUCUGGCACCCUUUCCCCCGAAAAGCUUCACCGUUGCGCAGGACUUGGCGUUCCGCUGCGCGUUGAUCCAGCUUUGCGCUCCAACUAUUUUGCUGUCGCCGGAUCGCAGAAGACUAUUUUCCGGAAUAUUACGGAUGGCCGCCUGUAUGCCGUGUUCGACUGCACCUACACCGAGGAGGGUGUGCUGUGUGGAGACGUAUAUGCGGCGCAGUCCUAUGGCCCGGACAUCAUGCGAUCCUCGUUGGAAGUCAUACGGUUGUCCAACUUUGAACAUCAGAGGACAAGGGUGAUGACACAGACGGGGCCAGACGAGCGUUUGGAGGAGACUGAUGAUAUGGCCGAGGAUGAUGAGAAUGAUGAGGACGAUAGCGGUGAAGAUGAUGGAUACGAUAUCAGCGGCGAUGGCGGUCCUAGAUGGGACGGCAUGCCGAAAGAAGAAGGGUACCCCGGCAAAGCGGCGGGAAGCGGAUCCAGCGCUGGUCGUUCCAAUAGCUCAUCACACUCGGCAUCGAACGGAUCCCACUCGCAUGAACUCGAAACCCAGUCCACGACUACGAGGAACAGCAAACCCGCGCCACCCUCAAACCUCACAACCUUCCUCGAAGGCGACGUCCAGCACGGCCGCCGCGUCCACCCCUACGCACGCAUCGAAGACAUUGAUGACUCCCUCAACGCCAUCAUGAUGAACGACCACUUCAUGGCCUACCGCACCUACUCCUCCGACCGGAUCCACCCCAUCGUCAUCCUCCGCACCUCCGACCUCUCUACCUACGCUACCAUCCUCCUGGACGACAUGGAGAAGAAUCUCGUGCUCCACGUGCUCCUUUCCCGCAUGCACUGCAUCGUCCUCUGCGGAACCGGCCACGUCGUCUACGUCUACGAGCUCUCCACCAUGAAGCGCGUGCAGUCCUUCAAUCUGUUUGAUAUCGUCGGCGAUUGUGGGAACAUCGACUGGGUGCAGGUGACCCCCGACGAGAUGGGUGUGCUGUUUGGAGUCGAUGACGGGUCGCUCGUGUGGCUGGAUAUUCGGCAUGCGACUGCCGUGCUGUAUUGUCGCGAAAGUCAUGAGGAGAACUGGGGGGAGCGUGGGCUCUGGUUGGUUUAUAGUCAGCGGAAGAAAAAUGCCGAUGCAGGGUCGGCGGUGCAGAAGGGUGGGGAUGUGGAAGAGGAAGCGAUGGCGAAUAUGGUCGCGUGUAGGGUGUUUGAUGAGUGAGAGCAACGCAGACUAGGUUAUGAGAUGUCGCCGAAGAGCUAGGAUGGCGGAUGCGGAUGCGGUCACGCCCCUCGGCAAGUUGGGUUGGAGGAACGGGUCGAGCACGCAGCGACGAGGGAAAACGUUUCCCC